AACUGGCGUUUUCAAUUUUCCUCUCGUCAUUGCUUGCGUUCCCUUCACCAUACCCCCCUCCCCUCUCUCCCGAGCCUCUCUCUCAGAGCUCAGGGUCUCCAUCUCCUCCCAUUGCCAAACCCUAAUCCUCCGAUUCGAAUCUCAAUCACGCUCAAUUUUGACCUCACAACCUAGCUCAGCCUCUCAAUUCGUAAUUUACAUCUCCAGUUCACUGAUUUUUUCGGUAGAAAUGUUGUCUAUUUCUUGCUAGGCUUACCUAGAUCAUCAACCCUCUUAGUACCCGAAGUCACUAUUUACCAAAUCUUUAUCUUGUUAUUCGAAAUUGCUUGUAUGGCGAUCAGAGUUACCUUUUCUUUCUCCGGCUACGUUGCCCAAAACCUGGGUGUUCGUGUCGGUAACUGUCGGUAUCUCAACGAAUGUUUUAUCCGGUCACGGAUAUUUGCUUCACCAGCAACAACCACCACAACACACAAUUCUGAUAUUGAACCCCCUGGCCCGAGAACGGGAACAGAUUUUCGCCGCCGAAACCUGAAGAGGAAUUAUAGUAAUUCGGCGGCGAUGUAUAGUACGAUGGCUGGUGAGAUUUUUGGAGAUAAUUGUAAAGGGAGUGCGAUUGCGGUUGGAUUAGUUUCUCUAAUGAAGUCAACGGCUGGGGUUUCUUGUUCUAACAUGGGUGCUUGUGGAAUUUCACCAUUUAAAGCCGUCUCGAUCCUUCCGUUCUUGCAAGGAUCGAGGUGGCUUCCGUGUAAUGAGGCGGUUCUGGGAUCGAGGAGUCCUGAGGUGGAUAGAGGAGGGACAGGGACAGUGAAGUCUGUGGAGAAGGUGAGUGAGAGCAAGAGCAGUACUAGUGUGAGCUUCCAGAUUAAUGGGAAGGAGUUUGAGAGGACAGGAAGUUGGUUUUCAAGGGUUUUUAAUGUUUGCUCGGAGGAUGCCAAGGCUAUGUUUACUGCUGCUACUGUUAGUUUGUUGUUCAGGUCCACCUUGGCCGAGCCUCGAUCCAUUCCUUCAAGUUCUAUGUCUCCUACUUUGGACGUGGGCGACCGUAUUUUAGCAGAGAAGGUUUCAUACGUUUUCAGAAAGCCUGAAGUCUCAGAUAUAGUCAUUUUUAAAGCUCCUCCAAUCUUGCAGGAGUUUGGUUUCAGUUCAGGCGAUGUAUUCAUAAAGCGAAUUGUGGCAAAGGCUGGAGACUAUGUUGAAGUUCGAGAGGGCAAAUUAUAUGUGAACGGUGUUGUUCAAGAUGAAGAAUUCAUCAAGGAGCCACUUGCUUAUGAGAUGGAAUUAGUGCUUGUCCCUGAAGGUUAUGUCUUUGUGAUGGGGGACAAUCGUAAUAAUAGUUUUGACUCUCACAACUGGGGCCCGCUUCCUAUCAAGAACAUUGUUGGUAGGUCAGUAUUUCGCUACUGGCCUCCCUCCAAAGUAUCCGACACCAUAUACGAUCCACACGUGGCAAAGAAUGCAAUCUAUGAUGGAUCAUCAUCUCAUCCAUCUGUUCGUUUCUUUGUUGAUGACCUAACUGUGGCUUAUGACACAUUCUUUCUUCAAUGCACCAAGCGACCUGCAUGGAUUUCUGCAACUAUUGCUGUGCCCAUUUCAGUGCGUAGAAGAAGAAGAAGAAGAAAAAAAAACCCGAUGAGUGGCCUUCGUCGUCGUCGUUUCCCCUCCCCUCUCCUCUCUUUACUCAUCUUCCAAAUUCUACCAUUAACUAUAUCAUUUACUCCUAAUCACCUUAAUGACAACAACACUCAAUUCCUUAAGGACGUUUUGAAGGAGAUAUCGGUGAAGCAAGAUUGGGAUUUGGAGGGAAUUGAGAUUUCGAAGCUGGAAGUGAGUAAAGUUAGGAUUUUUAGUUCUCAGAGAUAUGAGUUUAAGAUCCGAGUUGGUAAAAGUUACAUGCUACUUAAAUUCCCUGAUGAAAUAGAUUCUCGGAAGAAGUUGAGCAAACCAAAAUCAAGUAUUGAUUUUGGAGACUUAAUUAAAGAAUUCGGUUCCGUGCCUGUACUUGACACUUUGAAACUCCAAGGCCCUUUUGAUUUGUGGGUCAGUGGCCAUGACAAUUUCUCUCUGCUAUUGCCGAUGAAUGCUUCAUAUGGUGGUCUGAAACGAAUAAUAGUGGGAGAAGGAAUCUCUGUAGAAGUGAAAGGAGCUAAAGAGGUUUCUCUUUUUCAAGAUUUUGAUCUUAGUUUGGCUUUGAAUGGAAGUGAUAUUAAUAAUAAUAAGGGGGGAAAUGGUUUCUACCCUUUCGGGGAUUCGAUCUGCCCGCCGUUAUUACCUAUAAGAAUUAUUGGAUCUGCAUCGCUUGUUGCCAACAAGAAUUGGGACCCUGAUGCUGAAAUUGAAACGAGAUUGUUAUCAAAGAAGACUAUCGAGUUGGUAUCUGAUAAGUGUUACGAUAGGAAUGUGUACAAGAUUCGGGCUAGCACCAUGCACUUUUUAAGUUCCAGUAUUGCUAGGCUGGAAGAAGUUUUGAGAAGUUUUCUUGGUGACAGAAUUACUCGAAAUGGAUUGUCGAGCUUUCUUAGAGCAACUGCUAAAGCAUCAACACUGAUUCGUUUUCAAUUAGAACUGGAGAAGAGUUUCGGGAGCAACGAGACUGCUCAAGAAGUGUUUGCAGAGUGGAGAACGAGGCCUACUGUUGAACGGGUUUGGUUUGAGGUAAUAGCAAGAGUUGAGGGUGAGAAGCUAAAACCCGUAAUUGUUAAGAAGGUUAGACCUUUUAUUGCUGUUGAUUCUGCAUCUUGGAGUAAUUUAAUGUCUAAUAUUUCCUUCACAAAUUUCCCAUCUGUUCUUUUACCUCCUGAGGCUCUAACACUGGAUGUGAAAUGGUAGGACAGAACUUUUGUAAAUAGUGUAAUUUUAGAAUGUUUACAUAACAAAGCAACGAGCUGUUAUUUGUGCUUUGCCACUUACUGGACAGUUGCUGUAAUUGAUAAAGGAGCUUCAAUUGAUGAUGUGAAUAGGAUCACCAACGUCCAGUUUUUGCACAAACCGCUUCAUUUUGCAGUCCGGGCUUUGAAUCAGUGCAGUGUUGCCGUUAUUUUGCUUUGGCUUUGUGAUUGUGGCUUUUAGGAGAAUGCCCUUGCCUGUACUGUUGUAUACCAUGGAAAGUUAUGUCUUACGAUGAUUGCUCAACACUCUGAGAAUUUUAUUGCUUUGUGUAGAAGAGUAAUCUUUAAUUUCUUAUAGGAAAUAAUAAUUGCCGGAAUGCUACUCUAGUUCCUA